CGUCAUUUUCCCCACCCUUCUUUUAACCGAUCAGCCGAUCUUGAAUAUUUUUAACGUGUUUGUCGAAAGUUGUUUGCGUGUCAAAUGAGCAAGUUGCAGCAACAUACAAUAUGGGAAAUAUCCGAUUCCGAUUCAGAAGGCGGCGCAGAGAGAAAACGCGUUUUUCAAGGAGGCAGCAGCGCUGAAGACGCUUCAGCGCCGCCGCCGGCCGACGAACGCCGACGGCCGAGCCCGACGAGAAAGCGCCGCUCCAAGGAGGAGAUCGAGGCGGACAAGGCGAAAGCGAGGGAGCGCAGGGAGGCUCGAGAGGAGAGCCGAGCUGCGAGGGAGCGACAGAGGCAGCGGAAGCGAGAAGAGAUUGAAAAGAGGAAAGAAGCUGCGCGACAUCUCAGCAGUUUCAAGCCAGAAAACUACAUCAAGCGUUUGACUGUCUGCAUAGAUUCAGCUCUUCUGCAACAGGAAGGUUCGGACAUCUUGCUGGGCACUCUUUCUUCUUUUGAAUGGAGGUACAGCAUCCAACAACAGACGCUUCCGAACAGCAUCACGUGGACCAAGGAUUUACCUGAGCCGACCGCGGAUGGCACCAGGACGGUGCCAGAGGACCAGCUGCUGCAGGUGCUCAGUCCAUCAGAAUUCUUGGAAAAGGCCAUUUCUGUCAAAAAAGUGAUUGACAGUGAAGUGGAGGAGCCAGAGGCUGGUCUUUUCGAGUCGGGCCACAAUCCGGAUCCGGUGCAGGUGGUCACCAUGUUGGUGACCGAGUCCCAGCCGGAUUACAGGAAACACGCUUAUGCAUUAGGGGAAACAAACCAGUCCAAAUAUGGCGGGCAGAAUAUGGAUCUGGAGGAGGUUCUUGUGUAUCUGCAGCUGCACAGAAACGUCUCGGUGCUCUUCGUGGACGGCUGGCAGGAAGUCACAGACCACGUGUGCGCCGUCACCAAGUCCUUGUCCAAACGGCCUUACAAGCUGCUGACCGCGCAACCGGACCUGCCCUUCUGCGUGGACGGCCCGUGGGCCAGCGGGGUCCGGGUGGAGAAGGACGGCUCCGGGCUCAGACAGGUCUGGACCAAGCAGAUCCAGCAGCUCAACAGAGUCAGUCAGGCCACCGCCUCUUGCGUGACCGCAGCCUACCCGUCGCCUCAACUGCUGCUGCAGGCGUACGAAGCCUUGAGCUCGGAGGAGGACAAACAGAACCUGCUGGCCGACCUGAUUGUGAGAGCCGAAGGCAGAGAGAGGCGGGUCGGACCAGACAUUUCCACCAGAAUUUACCGCUGCCUGACCGCUGAGAACCCAGACCUGGUCCUGGACCAAACUUGAAAGGCUCAAUAACAUUUACUCCUUGUGGGAAGUUCCUUCGUCGAUCAUGUGACGGACGAUUGUGUCGAGAAGCUAAAAAUAUCCUUGCGCUACUUCAGUCCGGUCCAAAAGAUGCGGCGUCAUGACAUAACCUGUUCACUUUAGAAUCAUGGACAUUUUCUUAUUCUGAAUUAAAAAAACAAACAAACAAA